UCUUGCCUCUAGGAUAAAGAAGGUAAAUAUACAGAACAAUAUUAUGUAAUGGGAAAAGCUGCUUUGUCAAAAGAUGAAGCUUUUAAUAUGGAGAUUUGCGAUGAAUGCUUAUACACUUCUGAUUUGCUAACUGAAGAAACAACAAAAAAGCAGCUUUUCUUUUUUUACAUUAUCUUUAUUUCUUGGUUAUUUACUCUUUAUUCUUUAGGGCUGCUUUCUAAUUCAUUACGUAUUUUUGAUAAAUAAAGUUGCUCAUUGAACAUAAAAAGCAAAGUCUCUGUGUGUUGUUUAAAAAAAAAAAGUUUAUUUUUGUGCUGCCAAAGGUCAGGACAAUUGACGUAAUGGGCAUUGGUUG